GGUUUUACUGUAUACUUAUAAUAAUAUGAAAAUAUUUAUAAUAGUAUUAUAGUUUCAAAUCCAAAAUAUGGAAGACAGUAACACAACACAAACUAGAAGUACAAGUAACACAAAUAGUAAUCAGAAUGAGCAACAUCAAAGUAUUCAGGGAUUUUUCAUUGCAAAUCGAAUCGAUAGCAUUCUUUGGUUGAUACGCUUAUAUAUUAUCUUCAGUUCACUUCUCUUUUUUGUUCCUUUAUUUGGAACAGAACUUGGUGCUUCUUCUUACAAAAAAGUUUUAAUAGGUUCUGCUGCUAUAUCAGCUCUUCGUUUGCAUCAAAGAUUGCCGAGGAUUCAAUUAACAAUUCAGUUUGCUAAAGAUCUGCUAUUACAAGACAGUUUUCAUUACUUGAUUUAUAGCGUCUUGUUUUUGACAGCUAAUUCAACAUCUAUGGUUUUAUUACCUAUUUUGUUGUUUGCUGUUAUGCAUGCAACUAAUUAUACUCAAAAAGUUCUUAAUAUAAGUCGUUCUAGCAGCUUCUUGGCAUUGAAGCUUCGUCAACUAAUAAACAAAAUUGACCAUCCUGAAACCCAGCAACAAUUACUGCAGUUUAUAGCUACAAUUGAAAUCAUGGUGUUUUUUACAACUAUACUAAUGGCAUUUAGUGGGCAAGGCACAAUAUUGACUCCAUUAUUUUAUUAUCGUUUUUUACAACUUCGUUAUACUUCAAGAAGGAAUCCUUACUCAAGACUUGUAUUUAAUCAGUUCAGAUUGGGAAUUGAGCAAAUAGCAUGUCACCCAAAAUGCCCUUCUAUUGUGCGUCGAGUUUUGUAUGGCGUUGUUUCAAUAGCAAACCGUCUUUCACCUAGUUAUGCUUGAACCAGGAUAAAAUUGCAGUCAAAAAUGUUUUUUUUUUCAUAUUCGGAUUAGAAUGAAAUAAUUUUAAAUGUUUUA